CUCCCCUCUCGUCUCCAAAAGUUCGAGCCCCUCAUUUCUCAUACCUACAAGCUCUGCUCAUCUAUCGCUAGCUCCCUCUAGCUACCAGAUCUUCUUCCAAGACUGGUUAGCAGUCCAAGCUAGCUAGCUAGCUAGGGUUUUUGUCAUCGAGCUCGAGCGCGCGUGGCGUGGCGAUGAUCAUGUCCGACCCGGCCAUGCUGCCGCCGGGCUUCCGGUUCCACCCGACGGACGAGGAGCUCAUCCUCCACUACCUCCGCAACCGCGCCGCCGAAUCGCCCUGCCCCGUCUCCAUCAUCGCCGACGUAGAUAUCUACAAGUUCGACCCAUGGGCCCUGCCAUCCAAGGCUAGCUACGGGGACAGGGAGUGGUACUUCUUCACGCCGAGGGACCGUAAGUACCCCAACGGUGUCCGGCCGAACCGCGCCGCGGGUUCCGGCUACUGGAAGGCCACCGGCACGGACAAGCCCAUCCGCUGCAGCGCCACCGGCGAGAGCGUCGGCGUCAAGAAGGCCCUCGUCUUCUACAAGGGCCGCCCGCCCAAGGGCAUCAAGACCAACUGGAUCAUGCACGAAUACCGCCUCGCCGCCGCCGACGGGCACGCCGGCAACACCUACCGCCCCAUGAAGUUCCGCAACGCCUCCAUGAGGCUGGAUGACUGGGUGCUGUGCCGGAUCUACAAGAAGACCAGCCAAGUGUCGCCGAUGGCGGUGCCGCCGCUGUCCGACCACGAGCUUGACGAGCCUUCUGGCGCUGGCGCCUGCCCCAUGUCGAGCGCCGGCAUGAUCAUGCAAGGCGGCGCCGGCGGCUACCCACUGCAGGCCGCGGCCAGUGGCACACAGAGGAUGCCCAAGAUCCCGUCCAUAUCAGAGUUGCUCAACGAGUACUCGCUGGCGCAGCUCUUCGACGACAGCGGACACGCGCUGAUGGCACGGCACGAUCAACACGCCGCCCUCUUCGGCCACCCCAUCAUGGGCCAAUUCCAUGUGAACAGCGGCGGCAACAACAUGUCGCAGCUUGGGCAGAUGGAUUCGUCGGCCUCGACGUCGGUGGCAGGCGAGGGUGCCGCCGGGAAGCGCAAGAGGCCGUCGGAGGACGGUGACCAUAACCGGCCGACGAACCAGCCCGCGACGGCGGUGACGGGCAAGAAGCCGAACAGUUCUUGCUUGGGUGCAACAACGUUCCAAACAGGCAACAACACCUUGCAGGGGUCACUGGGCCAGGGCCAUCAGACGCUGCUCCAUUUCUAACAUGGGGAUCGGAUGAACUGACGGUGGAUACACACUAUACUACUUCAACCCCAUCAGUCUGAAUUAUAUACGACCGGCGAACUGGUGAUUUGAAGAACAAUUAUUGGGGUCUAUUGCGCAAGAUAGGUCUAAAUUAGACACAUUAUUGGUUAAUAUAUAGGGAAAGGGAUUGUACUGCAGGUGUGUGUGUGUGUGUGUGUGUGUGUGUGUGUGCGCGCGCGCGCGCGCGCGUGUCGAACGACUAGCUAGGUCCAUGGAUCAUACUAGUAGAUAUGGUUUGUAGUGUGUACACAAUAUUUUUGUUUCCUAGGCAUGCAGUACAAUCAUGUACUUGAAGCUUACGACCGUGCUAGGAAGGGCUUGAUGAGACUGAGAUCGACGGACUGAAAGCCUGGAACAAAAGAUGUAAAACAGCGAAAAUAUAUUCUUUAAUGGAACCAUUAAUUCAUCUUA